AUGGGUGACACAAGUACUUCCCUAAGAUAUGUGGAUAUUGGGAUCAACUUGAGUGAUCCUGUAUUCAAAGGGAAUUAUCAUGGUAAACAGGUCCAUGAAAAUGACUUGGAUGAUAUUAUCCAACGUGCGAGGGACGUGGGCUGCCAAAAAUUCAUGGUGACUGGCUCGGACUUAGGGGAAUCUAAGCAUGCCAUUGAUAUCGCUCGAAAAUACCCGGGAUUUUGCUAUGCGACGGUCGGGAUUCAUCCGUGCCAAGCGAAGCUGUUCGAUAGUUACCCCGGUGGUCCCGAGAAAAUGCUAGAAGAACUCAAAUCCCUAGCCUUGGAGGCGAAGAACUCAGGCCAUGUUGUCGCCUUUGGUGAGUUUGGGCUUGACUAUGACAGACUGUUCCUGAGCGCCAAGGAACCGCAGCUGAAGUAUUUCGAGGCCCAGCUGGACCUUGCGGUGGAAAUCCAGCUCCCGCUCUUCCUCCAUUCACGAGCAGCCCACGAAGACUUCGAGCGACUCCUGACGCCAAGGCUGGAGAAGCUCCCAAAGCGAGGGCUUGUUCAUAGUUUUACUGGGACACUAGAAGAGAUGGAAAAGCUGGUGGCGCUUGGUCUGGACAUUGGUGUAAACGGAUGCAGCCUGAAGACGGAGGAGAACCUUGAAGUCGUCAAAGCAAUACCGUUAGACCGAAUUCAGAUCGAGACUGAUGGGCCCUGGUGUGAAAUCCGCCCUUCGCAUGCUUCUUCGAAAUUCCUACAAGGGGCACCUGCGUUACCAAAGGCAGUCAAGAAAGAGAGAUGGCAGAAGGGCUUUAUGGUGAAAGGUCGAAACGAGCCUGUUGCCAUAGCCCAGGUCGCGCAUGUCAUCGCCGGUGUCAAGGGGAUAACGGUGGAAGAGGUCUGUGAAGCCGCCUGGAAGAACUCGAUUGGAAUGUUUGGCCUUGGGGAAGAAAGCUCCUGA